GUGUAAACUGGGUUACUUCAACCUGGACCCCACCAACCCUCAGGGCUGCACCCCCUGUUUCUGCUUCCAGCACUCGUCUGUGUGCGACAGCGCCGAGGGCUUCAGCGUCCACAGCGUCAGCUCGUCCUUCUACAGAGAUGACGAACAGUGGACUGGUCAACAGCGUGAUGGAUCCAGCGUCUCCGUGCAGUGGUCUCCCAGCGGACAGGAAAUCUCCCUCAUCUCAGACGACUACUUCCCCAUGUACUUCAUAGCUCCAGAGAAGUUUUUGGGGAACCAGAUGCUGAGUUACGGACAGAACCUGAGUCUGAGUUUCCGUGUCGACCGGCGGGACACUCGGCUGUCGGCGGAGGAUCUAGUGCUGGAGGGAGCCAACCUGAGGGUGGCCGUCCCCCUCAUCGCUCAGGGCAACGCCUACCCCCAUGAGAACAUGCAGACAUACGUGUUUAGACUCCAUGAUAGCACUGACUACCCCUGGAGGCCAACCAUCAGCCACUCUGACUUCCAGAAACUUCUCCACAACCUGACCGCCAUCAAGAUCCGCGGCACCUACAGCGAGAGGAGCGCCGGUUACCUUGACGAUGUCUCCUUGGUGACGGCGAGGCGGGCUCCAGGAGUUCCAGCCCGCUGGGUGGAGCAGUGCACCUGUCCUCAGGGUUAUCAGGGUCAACACUGUGAGCAGUGCACUCUGGGAUAUCGCCGCGCCCGUCCAGAGCUCGGAGCCUUCAGCCCCUGUGAGCCCUGCAACUGUAACGGACACAGCGACGACUGCAACCCCAACACAGGAGCGUGUGACUGUCGGGACAACACGGCCGGUUUGAGCUGUGAGCGCUGUAAAGACGGUUUCUAUGGCGACGCCACCCGGGGGACGUCAGGUGACUGUCAGCCAUGUCCCUGUCCGGCCGGAGCCACCUGCGCCGUUGUCCUCAAAACCAGAGAGGUGGUCUGCACCAACUGUCCCGCAGGAACCACAGGUAAGCGCUGUGAGCUCUGUGAUGACGGUUUCUUCGGUGACCCUCUGGGUCAGAGCGGGCCAGUGCGAGCCUGCCGCGCCUGCAAGUGCAGUGACAACAUCGACCCCAACGCCGUCGGCAACUGCAACCGCGAGACCGGAGAGUGCCUCAAGUGCAUCUACAACACCGACGGCUUCUUCUGCGACCGCUGCAAGGACGGUUUCUACGGCAACGCCCUGGCCGCCAACCCUGCCGACAAGUGCAAACCCUGCUCCUGCUCGCCAUCCGGUACCGUCGACCGUCAGACCGGCUGCUCGCAGGUCACCGGUCAGUGUCAGUGCCUCCCCAACGUCGCCGAGCGCGACUGCAGCGCCUGUCAGCCCGGCUUCUUCAACCUGCAGAGCGGCAAUGGCUGCGAACGGUGUAACUGCAAUCCGAUUGGCUCCACCAACGGCCAGUGUGACAUCACUACGGGACAGUGCGAGUGUCAACCCGGCGUCACCGGCCUGCACUGCGAACGCUGCGAGGUCAACUUCUUCGGCUUUAGCUCGUCCGGAUGCAAACCCUGCGACUGCGACCCUGAAGGCUCUCAGUCGGGUCAGUGUAAAGAGGACGGUCGCUGUGAGUGUCGGCCCGGCUUCGUCGGCGCUCGAUGUGACAUGUGUGAGGAGAACUACUUCUACAACCGCUCGGCUCCGGGCUGCCAGCAGUGUCCCUCCUGCUACAGUCUGGUCAGAGACAAGGUGAACCAGCAGAGGCAGAAGCUCCACGAUCUGCAGACUCUGAUCGAUAACCUCGGCUCGGGUCAGGACACCGUCUCCGAUAAGGCCUUUGAGGAUCGGCUAAAGGAGGCGGAGAGAGCCAUCAUGGAGCUGCUGGAGGAGGCUCAGACCAGCAAAGAUGUAGACAAAGGUCUGCUGGAUCGUCUGAACAACCUCAACAACACUCUGACCACCCAGUGGAACCGACUGCAGAACAUCCGCAACACGGUGGACGACACCGGCACUCAGGCCGACCGCGCCCGCAACCGAGUCCGAGACGCCGAGGACCUGAUCGACCGAGCCCGGCAAGAGCUGGACAAGGCCAAGGAUGCCAUCAGCAAAGUGGACAUCAAACCCCCCAGCGGCACCGGAGAUCCAAACAACAUGACGCUGCUGGCGGAGGAGGCUCGGACGCUGGCUGAGAAGCACAAGAUGGACGCCGAUCAGAUCGAGAAGAUUGCCAAAGACGCCAACGACACGUCGACCAAAGCAUACAACCUGCUGCUGAAGACCCUGGACGGCGAGGGCAAGACGAGUCAGGAGAUCACCGAGCUCAACAAGAAGUACAACGAGGCGAAGGAGCUGGCCAAGAAUCUGGAGAAACAGGCCAACAAGGUUCAGGCCGAGGCCGAAGACGCCGGAGACAAAGCUCUGAAGAUCUUCGCCAACCUUACCAGCCUCCCGCCGUUCGACACCAAGGCCCUGGAGGAUGAAGCCAGUAAGAUAAAGAAGGAGGCGUCGGACCUCGACAAACUGAUUGAUAAGACGGAGAAGGACUACAACGACCUCAGAGACGACCUGAAGGGCAAAGAGCAGGAAGUCCGUAAACUGCUGGAGAAAGGCAAAAGUGAGCAGCAGACUGCGGAUCAGCUGUUGGCUCGAGCCGACGCUGCCAAAGCUCUGGCUGAGGAGGCGGCCAAGAAGGGUCAGUCCACCUUCAGAGAGGCCGAGAGCAUCCUGGAAGACCUCCGAGACUUCGACAAGAGGGUCAAUGACAACAAGACCGCCGCCGAGGACGCCCUGAAGAAGAUCCCUGCCAUAAAUGCCACCAUCAUGGCCGCCAACGAGAAGACCAGGCAGGCAGAGGCGGCGCUUGGCAACGCAGCCGCAGAUGCCCGAGAGGCCAAGAGCAAGGCGGAGGAGGCCGAGAGGAUCGCCAGCAACGUGCAGAAGGGCUCCGCCAAGACCAAGGACGACGCGGAGAAGGCCUUGGAGGACACCAACAAGCUGGACAACGAGGUCAACGACAUGAUGACCCAGCUGGGCGCCGCAGAGCAGGAGCUGGCCAGGAAGAAGUCUGAGGCAGACCGGGACAUGAUGAUGGCUGGAAUGGCGUCAGACAACGCCAAGGAGGCUGAGGACAACGCCCGCAAGGCCAAGGGCGCCGUAAAGACGGUUCUGAGCACCAUCACCGCCCUGCUGGAGCAGCUGGGAAACAUUGACAAGGUGGACCUGAGCAAGCUCAACCAGAUUGACGAGUCCUUGAAGAGCGCCAAGGGCAAGAUGGCCAACAGCGAGCUGGACAGGAAGCUGGCGGAGCUGAACGACGUGGCGCGUACCCAGGAGGACAUGAUCAGCGACUACGACCGACAGAUCCGCGAGAUCCGCGCCGACAUCACCAACCUCAACGACAUCAAGAACACGUUACCCGACGGCUGCUUCAACACGCCGUCCCUGGAGAGGCCUUAACCCCGCCCUCCUCUGAUUCCCCCCCCUCCACGUCUAACACUCCGGCGAACACGCCGACUUUUACCAAAACAGUUUUUUUAAACCUUUUUUUGUUUUCAGAUUCUUGUCUUUGAAGCCAAUCUUUCAAACAUGGCAGUUUGCAAAAGAGAAGCAGCUUUUACUUUUGUUUUUGUCCAAGACGCAGUGACGUGGUUACGGUAGGAUGAACUAAGCGCCGUAGAGAAACCGUGCGGAGAAAAACCACAACCACAAACCCGACGUGACUGCACCCGUCAGGAGGAAGUUUCACCAACGCAGGAAGUUCCUCGCACUUGUUGGAACGUCCGCUCGUAUUUUCUGUGUCGAACCAGCCGUUACCCAUCAUGCCUGGGGAUGGCUACUUCAGUUCUACAGUUUUCAGUUAGCCGGAUGUUCGACUGUCAGAGCGCCACUAUGCUUGGCAUUGUUUUAUUUUCAGAAACCACACAGUGAAGGAAUCCUCUCCUCUUUUUUUGUUCUUAUUCUUUGCUCCCAAAGCUACGACAGUAUUUACACCUCCAACCAAUGGGAUGUGCUGCUGAGUGAAACCACGCCCACAAAAAAAAUGCAUUUCAAGAUCCGUGUCUCGGGUUAAUGUUAGAAGAUAUUAGCUUGUUUCCACAAGAUGAACGAGUCUUUGAGGACUUCAGGUUUCUCACUACGGUCAAACACCAUUUCUUGUCUGAUGUUUUAACACUACAGUCUGUUAUUAUCUGUCGUCCUCCAGAAGUCGCUGCUUGUCACUGGUGUUUCUACCCACAGACGUAGAAACGUAGAUAUUCUCCAUUUGACGUGCGUCUGAGUGGUCGCCAUAUUGCGGAGCUCAAUACAAGCUAGUUAUCAAUACUGUGAGAUUCAGACUGCACUACAAAAUCCACUAACAUGAUACUGGUUGGAAUUAAUUCAAUCACUGGGGGGAUCAUUUUUUGGUACAGAAAUCCAAAUUUUUAGACAAACUGACAAUGUUUCCUGUUUAUAGAUCGGAGCCUGCAGUGGAGUUCUCCCCCGAGUGACUGAAUUAAUUCCGGUAUCAGGAUAAAUUUGUCACCUUUAUAAACGAACCACAUUUAAUGAAAAUCGGUACAGAAUAAAGCAAGUUAUAGUGGAUUUUGUAGUGCCGUCUGAAUCUCUCAGCAUUGUUAACUAGCUUUUAUUGACCUCCACAGUAUGGCGGAGGUCACAGGCGGCAAUGAGUAUAUAAUAUCUACAUUUCUAUAUCUCUGUUUUUACUGAUCACACGUUAACAUUUUCUUCCAGGCUAAAUCCAACACUAUGCAACUUUGUACAUUUUGCGUAGCGAGAAUUUUAUCUGAUACACUGGUGCUAAUAAUUAUUUCAAAUGUUAUAUUUUUGUGUGAAUGUUUUUUAUUAUGACAUAGAGUGAGGAAUUUGUUAUUUGUGUAAAUAUAUGCUUAAAAAAAAUGAUUCAGGAGUGGCUGAUUUUAAGAAAUAAAACUCCAACAUGCAAACAGCCACGUUAAGUUUUAUCACAAUCAAUCAACUGAAACCUCCAGGUUAAAUAUAUAUAUAAAUAUCUAUGAUAACGUCUGUGGUAUGUUAUUAUUAUAAUACGCUUGCUUGUAUACACGGCUCAGUGUUGCUGCCUCAUAGCGAUGCCAAUAUUUCAUGUUUUAUUGAUUCUGUGGGUUUUCACAUGUUAAUUCAACCUAACUGAAUAUUUUUUGUUUAGUUUCUUUUUGAGAUUUGACCCUUUUUACCGAUCAGGACACUCAGUCGCACGUUGCUACAGUAGUUAUUAAUUAGUGUUUUGUGCCUUAAUAUAAAGUAAUCACAGUCCCAAUGAGGGCGUCAAUGUUUUAUUUCACAAAAAUGUCCUUGUCACACCGUCUCCUCACGUCGGUACUGAAGCAGGGUCUUCGUAAAAAACCAGGUCCUGAACAGAGAAAACUUCUCCAGCAGAUCGAAUAUUGAGAAUCUGAACUGGACUCGUUAUCGUCCCUCCAUCCAGACGGCGCUCUGCCGGCUGUGCAGCGCACACAGACAUGAUGUAUAAACAGUAUUUUAAGUUAUAAUGUACCAGUUAUUUGUAUUGUAACCCUGUUGUCUUAGAUGGUGAUGUAUGUGCUGCGCAGCCUGCAGGACUCCUCUGCACCGUGUCUCCAGCCCUGUGAGGACCUGAACGACCCUGUUUGUUCACAUGUGCCUGUAAAUCCAAACUUAACAUUUGAAUAAUAAAAAAUUACUACAGGAA